CUGGAGCUCACAGGAAGCCAUGUUAAAGUUAGUCAAGAACCGAAGCUGAGAUUCUUUUCUGACGCCGUAUGUUUAUGUUUUCACUUUCUCCAAGUCCGUCCGUGUCAGGGACCCGAGAAAACCUAACACUCAUAUCCAAAGGCCGGAGUCACCGCGAUGAACUCCAGUUUCGAUCUAUCCAGGAGAAAUCCGCAAGAUGAUUUCGAGCUUAUCCAGAGGAUAGGCAGCGGGACCUACGGGGAUGUCUACAAGGCUCGUAAUGUCACUACAGGAGAGCUGGCUGCCAUCAAAGUCAUCAAACUGGAACCAGGCGAGGACUUUGCAGUGGUUCAACAGGAAAUAAUCAUGAUGAAGGACUGCAAGCACUCCAACAUUGUGGCCUAUUUCGGUAGUUACUUAAGGAGGGAUAAAUUAUGGAUAUGUAUGGAAUACUGUGGGGGAGGUUCGCUGCAAGAUAUAUAUCAUGUUACCGGGCCACUGACAGAAUCACAGAUAGCAUAUGUAACAAGAGAAACCCUGCAGGGUUUAUAUUAUCUACAUAACAAAGGAAAGAUGCAUCGAGACAUAAAGGGGGCUAAUAUUUUAUUUACGGACAACGGUUACGUGAAGCUAGCUGAUUUUGGUGUAUCUGCACAAAUCACAGCAACACUAGCGAAAAGAAAGUCCUUCAUUGGAACACCUUAUUGGAUGGCCCCAGAGGUGGCCGCUGUGGAGAGGAAAGGAGGCUAUAACCACCUGUGUGACAUCUGGGCUGUGGGCAUCACUGCCAUCGAACUGGCUGAGCUACAGCCUCCCAUGUUCGACCUUCAUCCCAUGAGGGCUUUGUUUUUGAUGACGAAAAGCAACUUUCAGCCUCCCAAAUUAAAAGAUAAAGUGAAAUGGACCAAUAAUUUCCACAACUUUGUGAAAUUGGCGUUGACGAAAAAUCCAAAGAAAAGGCUGCCAGCUGACAAGUUAUUGCAGCAUCCCUUUGUGUCUCAACCGCUGAGUCGUAUCCUGGCCAUAGAGCUCUUGGAUAAAGCCAAUAACCCUGAUCACUCAUCCUACACAGACCUGGAUGAUGACGACCCGGAGCCUGAGCCUCCAGUGUCUGUUCCACAUCGGAUUCGUUCAGCGAGCCGUAACAGUCGGGAAGGAAAAACCCUGUCAGAGAUUAACUUUGGUCAGGUGAAGUUCGACGCUCCUUUAACAACAGAGACGAAACCUCAUCAUGAACUACUUGACACUGACGAUUUUUUGGACUGUGCCGAAGAAAUAUACUACACCGCAAGAUCUAAUCUGGAUCUGCAGAUGGAUUAUGAGCAGGGUUCACCAAAAGGCUCUAUCCUAGGAGGAAAUAAGAGUCUGUUAAAAUCUGUCGAGGAGGAGUUGCACCAAAGGGGGCAUGAGGCUCAUUUGGAGGAUGAUGAUGAGGGUGAAGAUGAUGGUGAUGAUCAUGAUGAUGAAUUGCAACACACGAAAAACUUCACCAUGAGGCCAAAGGUCCCCCCGCCACUUCCACCCAAGCCAAAGCCCAGCCCCGGACCACAUCAGAGCCCGUCUGCCGAUCACGACAGCAACCACGGCACUAUUAAGCGUUGCCCAGGGACCGAGAGCCCGGCUCGAUCUUCCACCAACGUUCCCCCCCGUCCUCCACCUCCUCGACUGCCCGCUCACAAGCUCAGCAGUUUAGGUAAUGAGGCUAAUCAGGACGAGCAUUGCCUGUGGGAAGCCCAGAGGGAUGCUGGGAUAUGUAGUCAGUUCGACGAGAGGCUGCAGGUCUCGUUUCAAGACAAGGAGUAUGGGGAAGAUCAAAAUGAGGAAGGAGACAGCAACGGAAUUGGUCAAUCUGAACACUCGCCUUCAGCAGAGAGUCAGUCCACAAUGCCCCCUGCUGUUCCUAUACCAAAAGACAAGAAAGACUUUCUAAAACCCAUCAGCAAUGGUCUUCCUCCAACUCCAAAGGUUCAUAUGGGAGCAUGUUUCUCUAAAGUCUUUAAUGGAUGUCCAUUAAAAAUACACUGUGCAACCUCAUGGAUCAACCCGGACACAAGAGACCAAUAUCUGAUAUUUGGUGCAGAGGAAGGUAUUUACACAUUGAAUUUAAAUGAACUUCACGAGACAUCAAUGGAACAGCUUGUUCCCCGGAGAUGUACUUGGCUGUAUGUCAUGAGCAACAGCCUGCUAUCAAUAUCCGGAAAAGCAUCUCAUUUGUACUCUCACAGUCUGGCGGGCUUGUUUGAGCAUGCUCGACAAAUGCAGAAGCUCCCUGUUGCCAUACCAACGCAUAAAUUUCCUGACAAAAUAGUCCCCAGGAAAUUCUCUGUGUCCAAUAAGAUCCCUGACACGAAAGGGUGUCAAAGGUGCUGUGUGGUAAGGAAUCCAUAUACAGGUCACAAGUAUCUGUGUGGUGCCUUUCAGUCCAGUAUCGUCCUUUUUGAGUGGGUGGAAUCCAUGCAGAAAUUUAUGUUGGUCAAGAACAUAGACUUUCCCCUGCCGUGUCCGCUGGAGGUGUUUGAAAUGCUGGUGGUUCCGGAGCAUCAGUAUCCACUUAUAUGCAUAGCUGUGAGCAAAGGGACAGAGCUGCACCAGGUGGUUCGAUUCGAGACCCUCAACACCAACUCUACCUCCAACUGGUUCACUGAUGCUGACACCCCACAGAGUUGUGUAAUCCACGUGACCCAGCUGGAGAGAGAUACCAUUUUAGUCUGCCUAGACCGGUGCAUUAAAAUUGUCAAUUUACAAGGCCGGUUAAAAUCCAGUCGAAAACUUUCUGCAGAAUUGACUUUUAACUUCCAGAUUGAAUCCAUAGUUUGUCUACAAGACAGUGUGUUGGCCUUCUGGAGACAUGGCAUGCAAGGACGCAGUUUCAAAUCCAACGAGAUUACACAGGAGAUUUCGGACAACUCAAGAAUAUUUAGGCUGCUGGGUUCAGACAGAGUGGUGGUUUUGGAGAGUCGGCCAACAGACAAUCCCACAGCAAACAGCAACCUCUACAUCCUUGCAGGCCACGAAAACAGCUACUGAAUGUGAUGCAUCUUGGGACAUAAACACUACAUGCCAUAACGCUACAUUAUAAGUUUUUGGUUUCGGAUGGCCCAACAACAACUGCCUGCUUGUCAGAGGAACCUAUGCUGUUAUUGGACUGCUGAGAAGUGGGAGACUUGAAUGGCAGAACAAAAACAACUCAAAGAACAGGCGGGUUGUUACCGCAUGUUAUACUACAGUAUGCACUUUCACCCCUAACUUUUCUUGAAGCCUCACUUGUGGCUUCUCGAAGUUCUUUUAAUGGUUUUAAUUUAUUUUACAUGAAACACACACAUACAAACACGCUAAUUUGUUUUAAAACCUAACCAAGGUUUUUGUUUGUUUUUAGCCACUACACUCAAUUGACGCUAACCACACAAGUGCUUUAAGACAUGUAUUUAAUUAAUGUACAUACAGAUUUAGUAUUGUUGUACGCUUUGUAUUAGUUGUAUAGAUAUCCGUAUAUAUGUUGUACAGGUUCGUUCGUGACAGCAUUUGCUGCAAUAAAGAGGACUGUGAGCUAAACUAUGAGAGAAUGGGUACUACUUUAAAUGACCUCUAGGGCCAGAUUUUUUUGUUUGUUUGUUUUAUGCAAUGGCUUUAGGAAUCACAACGCUGAAGUGCCCAUCUUGUCAAGACUUGCCUUUUAAACAUAAUGUGUUUCAUUACACAUCCUAUUCUUUUGAUAUAAAGCCAAAUGCUGUUUUUAUUAAAAACUUUUAAUUCAGUGGCCCUUGUAAUUGUUAAGUUUGUGGUAUGCACUCAUCUACAAUUUGCACAAUGUUAAUAAAAUGUUUGUGUAUAUACAUGUUUUAAAUCAUGCAGAUCAUAACAUAUAGAUAUUUACACAUAUUUUCUGUAAAUGUGUACACAUUUACACACAGACAGGUAUCGCUCUAAGCAAUAACUCAUUAAGGUGUUUUUACAUCAUUGUGCAUCUAGUUGAGUUUGCAUUUUGAGUGGUGUAGACGCUAUAUAGAAGACUAUGGUGAAAUAUUGAUAAUUGCUGUAAACGUUCAGCAACAUGGUAUUACGUCCACGUGUCGAAUGGAAAUUCCAUCACAAAAAAUACUCUUGAGUUUUAUUGUUUAUCUGUGAUUGAAAUACAGUUAUGAAAUUCAUUUUCUUUUGUGUCAUGUUGUGUACAUAUUGUAAAAUAAAAUCACUUGGUUUUACAAAA